AUGUCGACAGAACCGGAAGCACCAGAUACAGCUAGGAUUGAGAAGAACUUGGAGGCUUUUAACAAUCAGUUAAAGCGAACGAGCGAGAGAUUGGCAGGAAGAGGUAGUUCAGCCCCCCCUCCAGAAAUCGACUCGACCUCCGCAUCGACACCAACAUUAUCGUCCUCCACUAGUGUAAGUAGAGGCAGGGGGAGAGGUCGCGGGAAGAAAAGCACCGCAUCAUCAACCAGAGCGGCAACUGCUGCAAGAAGAUUGGCUGCUGGAGAGAAGUCCAAGGAUGGUACGGAAGAUACUACAGAUCCAGCCUCCACGGCAAAUGGUACUUCAUCGAGCACGGCUGACGUGGCUAUACCUGGUGCAGAAGGUGCCGCUAAUCAAAGCAAGGGAAUGGUAGAAGCAGGUUUGAUAACCAGAGAUGAUGUUAGCGUGGGAACGAGACCAGCGCGCUCGCCCAGCCGCAGAAAUACCACCGCUGGUGUGGGAGUAAGUCCGCCCAGAGGCUUUCAUUCUUGGUUGGCCGCCAACAACUACACCGUGAUGUCGAAAUCGUCCUUGACCGGUACCGACACCGCUGCAAAUACCAUUGCAAAUGGGGUUUCUGUUACCUCUUGGGUUACAUCUACUGCCGCUCCUCGUGCUACUUCUGCUGCGAAGUCCACGACUCCAACCAAGUCCACUACGGCAAAAGCCACCGAUGUGAAAUCAAAGUUGGUAGAAUUUGUUGACUUGUCCACGGUCGAUGACGACAAGUCUUCUAGUAAAACUGCAGAGAAGAAAAUGAAAUACGAAGAUGAGGGAAUCCAGUCUAAUGGCCUAGUUGCGAUGUCAGAUUAUUUCGCGAAGAAACUCACCACCAUGAAGGGCUACAUCGCUUUGUCCGUUUUCAACGCCCAGUGGCUUCGGGAAGAUCUCCUACAAAACACUCUGCGUAGUAGAUCGACCAAGGAGAAGCUAGAAGACACUUACAUCGGCUUACCAGUGCCGGUCAAAUGGAAGAUGACCUUCUCAGAAUGGGUGAUAGCCUUUGAUCUUUUCGUCGCCUACCUUUGUUAUUAUAAGCACGGACAACUUGCGGAUAGAUUCAUGGUCCAUAAAGAAAAUGUUUUCGCUAUUCAGCGUGAAAAUUUUAAUUGGCCAAUGGCUUUUAGAUAUGACAUAGCCAUCAGAACCACUGUGAUGACCUUCAGAAACAAAAAUGGCAAGAUUGCGAACCCAGCCGUCAGAAACGAGAAGUACGAAAGAGAAGCCUUUCGCGAAACAGAACGAUUAAAAGAUUUCUUACCUUCCUUUGCCGGAACGAACCCAUAUGCAAAGGGUGAAGCCAAAGAGUUCAUCAACCCACUCUCCGGACUUGACAGUCGUCCUAUCACACCUCUCUUUCAUCACAAAAACAGUAACGCCAGGAAACCCAACGCUAGAUCAUGGAAUCACUUGAAUCAGUUAGUCCAUGAAGGGCCUGGAGGAGUUAAUUGCGGAGAGUGGGAAGAUUGUAGAGGAAACGGAAGAAAUGUCAGAGGAAGAGGAAGAGGUGGUGGUUACGCCGUUAAUAAUGGGGGAAAUCGUGAAGACAAUCGGAGAACUGAAGGGAGUGGAUCAUGGCAUCAAGACGAGCGUCGUGAGGAUCGUAGAGGAAAUGAUGAUCGGAAAGGUGGAAAUGAUCGUUAUGGAAGAAAUUACCGUUAUGGUGGGAAUGGGAAGGCAAAUGGCCACUGCGGGCCAUAUCGCACCCCCUCCCUAAUAUGGAGUUCCGAGUUUCUUGAUCUAGCAUGA